UGUUUUCUGACCUACCCCCGCCCGCCUGCAAAGAACUGUAAUUAUAUUAGAGAAGCUGCAGGGGCUUUAAACAGUUCUUUCCAGUUCCUUUGCUUUUUGCUGCCUUUCCCUGCUCUGCUGUCCCCUUUGGAUCUUGGAAUUUUUAUUUUUAUUUAUCGGGUGUGUGGUUCUCGUGCUGGGCUAUUUUUGUUAGAAGCUGAUACUUUAGUCUGAGCUGUAGGCAUUGCCUUGAGAAAAGCUUAGGUUGUUCUGGGGGGCCAGGACUCUACAGAGAAUACAAGUUCAGAGAGGCACCAAAAGAAGAAACAGAAUAGGAAAAGAGGAGGGCCUCCUACCUUUUAUUUCUGCAUCUCCUGAUAGAGUCAGUGACCCAGAAGUAUCUAAGCUGCCAAUAUAACUUGACCUGUUUAGAAUAUCUCUUACCAUCACCGCUAUGGCUGAGAUUACAACAGAAGGACAUAUGUCAACCACCACUACAGUAAUGGACAACAAGAAUGGGUCAGUUCUCACGCCACCAGUGAAAGUGGGAAAGAAGUCAGUUACAGAGGACCUAAUGACGACAUUCAGCUCGCCAGCAGCAUGGCUUCUUGUUGUUGCUCUGAUUGUUACCUGGUCAGCAGUAGCUAUUAUCAUGUUUGACCUGGUGGAUUACAAAACCUUUGCAGGAAGCUCUGUUAACAAGCUCAGCAAGGAGCCACUGAGAAUCAUACAUCAGACCGUAGAAGAAUCCACUGAUUGGCUUUAUGGUUUUAUUUCUUUACUGUCUGACAUCGUAUCAACUGAUGAUGAUGACAGUGAUGAAGGUGAAGUGGAACCUCCAUUGAAAAAAAAAGUUGAAAUUCACCCUGCGAGCAAAAAAAAAGAAAUUCGUAAAGAUAAGCCUGACAGACAAGAAAAACUUGAAAAACCAGCACCAAAAGUAAUUCACAAAGAGAAACCUGAAAAACAAGAAAAGAUUGAACGGAAAGAACAGCCAAAAGUGAAAGACAAAUCUGAAAGACCAGAAAAACCUCAAAAGAAAGAAAAACCCAUAGUUGCUCACAAAACCAAACCUGAAAAACAGGAGAAAGCUGAAAAAGCACCUCCAAAAGUAAUUCAAAAAGACAAACCUGAAAGAGAGGAAAAAGUUGAAAAGAAAGCUCCUCCUAAAGAAGAGAAGAAAGCAAAGAGCACCAAAGUUGAAGAAAAAGUUAAAAAGGAAGUGAAAGAUGGAAAAGCUGAAUCAAAGACAGCUGAAAAAGGCAAGCAGACAGAAGCAAAAGUAGAGGACAUUGGGUUAAUAAAGGCCAAACCGAAAGUGAAGGAGGAGAAAGCAGUGAAGGCUGAAACAAAAUCAGAAAAGAAAGGUAAACAAAACCAGGAGGAAUCAGCUGAAGAUCCUAAAAGAGUAGUGGGAAAGAAACAGAGACAGUGAAGUUAAAGCUGGCAGAGAUCAAAGUCAAACUCCAGACAUGGAAAAAAAAUAAUAGUAUCUGCCAAUCCCCAUUGGGUCUCAGAUCACUAAAUGGAAACGAAACAAACAAAGAUGCUUAAGCUAAGCCGCCAGCAUGACAACUGUUAGUGACACAGCUAAAGAUUCAUUUUGCAUGUGAAUGUUUCAUUGAGAAAACAAGGACCAGUGUUCACAAUUACUGAAUAUUUUACCUAAAAUAUACAUUUUUAGACUUCUGAAAAUAAUUGUUAAAAGAUUUGGAGGCCUAGGAAAAACAUGGCUCCUUUCCUGACACUCAUUAUUUGUUGAGUUAGCAUUUUUUACAUUUGUUUACAUUGCAGCUAAAUUUAGUUUUCACAUGAAACACUGGAACCUUUUAGGCAUAAUGGAACGUGAGGAGAUUAAAGCAGCUUCCUGCACCCUGAUUGUUUUGACCAGUGGGCUGAUCCACCAAGGUGCUGUGCUUUUCCUGCAAGGCGUCAGUCACCUCAGUUCCUAUUCACUGUGUUAGGAGCUUGGCACGUUGCAGGAUGCACUCAACACUUUUUUCAGGCUCAGGCUCUGAGAAAUUGGUUCAGAUUCAAAGUGAUGGCAGCAUAUCUGAGAACACUGGUGAAUAUCAGAUGUUUCCAAAUCAGUUCACCUCCAGUGUGAUGGCGUUACAAGGUGGAAACCCUGAAGUAAAUCCUUCUUUCAAUAGGAAACCUUCAAUUAAAAUGAAUCUUUGGCCCUUAAGUAUCAAGCAUCAAUGGAAAAUUGCAUCUUUAUUUGAAAUCCUGAGGGCAUGUUUCUUGCACUGAUAUCAUUGACAUAAAUGGGAACAUGAUCAUCUUACUGUUUCAUAUACAACAGUGGUGUUAUUUGUAUUAUGGCAAUUCAACAUUAUGACUGCAUUUCCAUUACAAAGCAUUAUUUUCAGGGGCAAAGUAACUAAAAAAAAAAAUUCCGAGGACUGAAAUUUAGCAUAAAAUAUCUCUACCUAGGAAUAAUUAAACAUGUUUUGACUGUUUUAAAAUUACAGUAACAUAAAGGGGAAAGAAACUAGUUCAGAUCUGGUUUUGCCUUCCUCAGGUUAAAAAAUGGUCUUUCAUAUACAUGAAAUGUUGCAGGCUUAUAAUCAAUAAUGGACUAAUGCCUUUAGGCCCUGAUCUCAAACCCACUGAAGUCAAUGGGAGCCCGUCUAUUGCCUUCAUUAGGCUUUGGAUGGGCCCUUUGGGAGGAUUCAUUUUUCUUUCAUGUGUCCUUUUCUUGUUUCA